GUCAGUGCUGCGUCUUGUGUCGUUCAUGGAUGUGACGUCGCCGGCAGAGAAUAUUCCGCAGGCAGAUUAAAGAUGGCUCCCUCUCACGCGCUGAGGUGUUGUAAACGGGCAGUGAACUGGAUACCUGUGCUGUUUAUUCACCUGGUCGUCGGCUGGUCUUAUUACGCAUAUGUCGUGGAGCUGUGUGUGUAUACAAUCCCAAAUAAUGAAGAACGAAUCAGCUACUUGGUCCUCUUUCAAGUCUCCAUCACCAUGUUCAUAUGGUCGUACUGGAAAUCGAUCUGGUCCACACCAGCCAGUCCUACAAAAGCAUUUUGUUUGCCUCGAGCAGAGAAGGAACUGUAUGAGAGAGAGGAGCGAGCUGAGCGGCAGCAAGAGAUUCUGAAGAAGGUGGCGAGGAACUUACCUGUGUAUACGCGCACAGUCGGGGGAGCCGUCCGCUACUGUGACAGCUGCCAGGUGAUAAAACCUGACCGCUGCCAUCACUGCUCAACCUGUGAAAUGUGCGUGCUAAAAAUGGACCAUCACUGCCCGUGGGUGAAUAACUGUGUUGGAUUCUCAAAUUAUGAGUUCUUUAUCCUGUUCUUGGCCUACGCGUCACUCUACUGUGUCGUAAUCUGUGCCACAGUCGUUCAGUAUUUCAUCAAAUUCUGGACAAAACAGCUCCCUGACACGCACGCCAAAUUCCACAUCUUGUUUUUGUUUUUUGUGGCGGCUCUGUUCUUUAUCAGCAUCCUGUCACUACUCAGCUACCAUCUAUGGCUUGUGGGCAAGAACAGGACCACUAUAGAGGCAUUCAGAGCUCCUGCUUUCUCGAAUGGUCCAGAUAAAAAUGGGUUUUCACUUGGCUUUAGUAGAAAUGUGGCUGAGGUGUUUGGAGAUGAAGGAAAGUACUGGAUUUUUCCCAUUUUCUCGAGUCUGGGAGAUGGUCAAUCCUUUGUUACCAGACUGGUGCAUAUAGAUCCUGAACAAGCAAACAGUGUCCUCCAGCAUAAUGGAAAAAGCCCUGUUAAUGUGGGGGAGACGAGCCUGGCUGUGCCUAGUGAUACACAACACACAGUGAUUGACAACAGCAAAGAGAAAAUGGAUGAAGGUCAGAGAGACUCUGUGACGGUGGAGCGUGAACCAUAGCAGAUACUUCCACACGGAGUUCAGCAACUACGAUGCCUUAAAUUAGGAGCAUCAGCACCUCCACAGGAGCUGUUCUGCACACUCACAGGGUUUUUAAGUUGUUUUUUAUAAUAAGUAAUAAGUUAUUCUGCAACAAAAGAAUGGGCUCAGACAUAAAACAUCAAAAAAAUAAUAAUAGAACAAAACAAAUAUUUAACAAACAAUGUACAUUCAAACACUGUUUCUUAGAAGGCAAAUUAAGAAAUUUUAAAACUCAUAACACUUGUAAUUUAAUAUAAACUUCUCUUGUAUAAUGUGGCCGACCAUUGGCAGAAGUUCCUUCCGUAGUUCUUUGUUCUGCUUAAAUGGUGAAGAAAUACUACAAAAAACACACAUUAGUGAUCAUUGACUUUUGGGGAUGCUUUGUAAAAAGUAAUGUAUCAUCGGCAUACACAGCAAUGUGUUUUUAAUGCCUCUGCAACUCCUCUCUCGCAAAGUCUCGCAAACACAAUAGCAACUGAACUUUAGCCCGCUGAUGCUCCGUGAUCAAGAACAUACAUGUCUACAUAUCUGACUAGUAACUGAGCCGUAUAUUUCUGAUCACAUUUAAGUGUAAACUAAAGUUUAUAGUGUGUUUGCGAACGUGAACCAAACCAGCUGAAGAAUUAAAUCUCCUGCAGGGGCAGACCAACAAAGUUAGGUUUGAAUCAAGUUGUUCAGGCCAGAAUCAGCAACAUUAACUUAAAACUCUCUCAAAUGGUUGCUUAUGUCUUAAGGGUUAGUCUGCAGAUUUUUAUUCAUGGUUCAGUUGACAUUCAGGGCUAAAUUAAGCACUUGAUGGUGAGGUCAAAAAAGACUAAAACAACUAUUUAUAAUAAUUUCGUUCAGGAAUCUUCUUUGUUUUGAGCCAAAUGCAUUUAAAAUGUUUUAUCCUUACACAUGAAAAACUGUGUGUAAUAAUGUUUAUUUUCCUAAGCCAAUGAACAGUAUGUUCACAUUCUCUGCAUUUAUGUAAAUGGAUUAAUCACGUACGAUCCCUUACUCAGUAUUUAUUACAACAUUAAUGACUAAACCUCAGAUAAGGUUAUGGAUGAUGUGAAAGAAUGAAGCACAGUGCAAUUACGACUUCUAAAGUUUAGUUUACACAAAGAAAGGUUUGGAAUGUCUUUCUGUUUACACUUUUAUAUUAUUUUUGCUUUUUAUGUUUUAUAUGAUGGAUAGAUAUAAUUUAAGUUUGAAAUGUUAGGACCAAAUCCACUUUAAAAGCGCUAGAAUCGCUUCUCUUUGCGUAAGGUUGUCAUUUGUUGUCAAGCUUUUAUACAUUUUCUUUACAUGUAUGUUGAUAUUAUUUAUAUUUAUUUACUGUGAUCAGUCCUUUACUUUGCACUCGUCUAAAGUUGAAAGUCUUAUUUGUUUUUGCAGUUAAAUGACGAGAUUUAUUGUCAAGACAUUUACAGACAAAGUCCAUCACUGAGCUUUAAACCAGGAUAGACGUGGAUUUCAUGUACAAAUGUGGAAAUGAACGCGUCUCCCUGUUCUUCUGUCACCUGUUUCAUUUCAUUAUAUGAAACACAUAUAAGCAGCAGCAGCAGCAGCAGCAGCACAGUGUGAGGCUGAGUUUUGAAGUGAUAAACAAAUGUGUAAAUAAUGACUGAGUGGUCGCCUGUACGUAGUUUCAUAACUGAUCUCACUGACUGAACUUGGGUUUAAUGAACCACCAGCAUCAUAUUGAUGGAAUUAUUCAUGCAGGUUUUAAUUGUUCUGUCACAAUAAAUGUCAUUUAUCUACUAUAA